ACUUCAACAUUUAUUUCACAAGACAAGCGUAAGAAGCAACCAUGAGAAACCUUUCAGCUCUACUUCUGCUGCUUCUCCAGGGAACGGUGCUGGCUCAAACAUAUAAAAAUGUUGCAUUGCAUGGAAAAGCCACCCAGUCUGACCGGCUAGAAAAUGCUCUUUCAUCUGCCUACAAUGCCAUUGAUGGAAACCGUCAGGCUACCUUUAGUGCAGGAUCAUGCACUCACACUGAUCGAAUGACCAACCCCUGGUGGAGAGUGGACCUGCUGGAUUCUUACAUUGUCACUUCUAUUUCCGUCACCAACAGAGGAGAUUGCUGUUCGGAACUAUUGAACGGAGCAGAGAUUCACAUUGGCAAUUCUUUACUCUACAACGGUCUUGCAAACCCAGUGGUUGCUGUCAUUUCAAAUAUCCCAGCAGGAAGGACUUUAACUAUUACAUUUACCAGAGAUGUUCAAGGCCGUUACGUGACUGUUGUGCUUCCAGGUGCUUCCAGAACGCUUAUGCUCUGCGAGGUGGAGGUUUAUGGAUACCGUGCUCCAACUGGGAAUGUGGCAAUUUAUGGAAAAGCUUCACAGUCAACUGUUUAUCCUGGAGCCAUCGCCUACUACGCUAUUGAUGGGAACCGUGCAGCUCUGUGGAGCCAGGGUUCCUGCAGUGCUACAAAUAAUGACUUUAACCCCUGGUGGAGACUGGACCUGGGAAGCACCCAUAAAGUGUUCAGUAUUAACAUAACCAAUCGGGUAGAAUAUCCCACUCGAAUUAACGGAGCUGAAAUCCGUAUUGGAGAUUCACUUGAUAACAACGGAAAUAACAAUCCCAGGUGUGCUGUGAUCUCAACCAUCUCUCCAGGUUCUACUAAAACCUUUCAGUGCAACGGCAUGGAUGGUCGAUACAUCAAUGUUUUCAUACCUGGAAGACAAGAGUAUCUCACUCUGUGUGAGGUGGAAGUGUACGCAUCCAAACUGGAUUGGCUCAAAGGCAAAUCUCUCACCUCCAACAGCAAACUCACCAAAGAAUCAAGAAUCAUGAGGUACAGUGUAUUAUUUCAUUUGCUGCUCCUCCUGCCAAUGUACUCAGGUUACACUUACCAAAAUGUGGCUUUGCGUGGCAAAGCUACACAGUCUUCUCAGUACAAAGAGGAGCCAUGGAAUGCAUUUGUUGGUGCCUCCAAUGCUAUUGAUGGAAACCUAAAUGCUGACCUUACAAAGGGAUCUUGCACCCACACUGAUGCUGAAAACAACCCCUGGUGGAGGGUGGACCUACUGGACGUGUAUAUAGUCACCCAGGUCAUCAUCACCAACAGAGGAGACUGCUGUGCCGAGCACCUCAAUGGUGUGGAGGUUCGCAUCGGAAACUCUUUACGCCAAGAUGGCACUGCAAACCCACUGGUUGCUACCAUUUCUACUGUUGCAGCUGGAAGCUCUCAUGCAAUAAAUUUUACUGAGCGUGUUGAAGGACGUUAUGUGACCAUUAUAGCACCUGGUGUGAAUAGGGUUCUAAAUCUCUGUGAAGUGGAGGUCUAUGGAUACCGCGCCCCAACUGAAGAAAAUGUGGCAGUUUAUGGAAAAGCUUCACAGUCAACUGUUUUUCCUGGAGCCAUCGCCUACUAUGCUAUUGAUGGGAACCGUGAAGGCCGCUUUGACCUGGGUUCCUGCAGUGCUACAAAUAAUGACUUUAGCCCCUGGUGGAGACUGGACCUGGGAAGAACCCAUAAAGUGUUCAAUGUUAACAUAACCAAUCGGGUAGAAUUCCCACGAAUUAAUGGAGCUGAAAUUCGUAUUGGAGAUUCACUUGAUAACAAUGGAAAUAACAAUCCCAGGUGUGCUGUGAUCUCAACCAUCGCUCCAGGUUUUACUGAAACCUUUCAGUGCAACGGCAUGGAUGGUCGAUACAUCAACGUUGUCAUACCUGGAAGACAAGAGUAUCUCACUCUGUGUGAGGUGGAAGUGUACGCAUCGAGGCUGGAUUAAAGUUACUAAGUUUUCAUGGCAUCACAGUGGUUUAAAGUUAAAGCUGCAUGAUUCAUUUUGACCACUAGAGGGUGUAAAAAGCCUUUUGAAAAUCUGAUUGCAUUGAAAACCAAAAUAAAAAUUGUUUUUCACUAUUGGGAAAGCAGUUCUGAGCUGGGGUACGCAUCUGAUGAACCAAUCACGUGUUGUCCAAAAAUAGUAGUAGCUACUGAAAAUUCACUUGUGAAAUAAAUAUUGGCCGAUCACUGAUCUCCCAAAAUUGAGGAAAUCUUCGCAAAACAGGCUCUGGUAACACACAGAAAUUUGGAUACGUAACUUUAAUCUGAUUCUUGGAUUGUAUGUAGUAACGCAUUAGAUUAUGCAUUACAAAGGAUCAGAUUAGAAUUACGUGUUGAGGACAUGUUGACAUUUCUCCUCAAGCUAUUUACUGAUCAUAUCAGGUUUCCGAUAUGUGUCCCCUCUAAUAAUAAACUUGUUCAUAUGCCCUUGUAUUCAGUGCAAAGUAGCCUAUAAUUUCUUUGAUGGGGGGCAGUAAGGAGCUGGAUAAUGGAUGGGGGCGCUGGCCCAAAAAAGGUUGAGAAACACUGCGUUAGAUGAACAUAGAAAAUGACAACGAAUCUCUCAGAUGAGGUUCACAAAAGUCUGAAUUUAGCUUGUCAUGCACAUAAAAGACAGAUAGAUAGCUAGGUAUACAAAGAUUUUGUUAUAAACCAUUUAGCAUGAAUGGACAUUGUUAAUCUAACUGAACAUAUUUAAAAUUAGUUUUGUCUUUAGAAGGAAGUGUUUUCUGAAACUUCAACAAAGAGCUCAAUUAUCUUUCUUAUAUAUACAUAUGUAGUUUAUAUUUCUAAAUAUAUACUAAAUAUAUUCUUUAAAAGGGUUUAAAAAGGUGUUGUCUUGUCCUGAUUCACUUUUGACUGAAUGUACUUCCACUUUGUAUUUACAUAAAAAAUUAUAAAAAGUU